AUGGAUAAUAAUAACCACCAAUUCAUGUUCCUUCCCUUUCUCCUUUGCUUCACUUUGUUCAUAGCUACUGCUUCUUCUGCAUCAUGUCCUAUAAAUCUCAGCUACGUUGAAACCUUUCCAUGGGACACAUCAACCUGCAGAGACCCAAUUGACACACAACACUGUUGUCAAUCACUUCUCAGUCUUGUUGGUAUAGGACUUGCAAAACACCUCAAAGAAACUCAACUCUUUCAAUUCUCAAAUGAAAACACUUCCUCAGCAUGUUUACAAGAUUUCAAACUCAAACUUUCAUCCUUAAAAAUCCAACCUUUGUUAGUCCAUACUUGUUUCCCAAACUCAACUCAGUUUGUCACCAACACUUCAAGCUGUGCAGGUAUAUCAAACAUCACAGACUGGAAACAAAAAGUUGGUAUGAUUAGUCCUUUAGAUACUUCUUGUAAUGGUGAUUUGAAAGCUGAAGCUAAUUGUAGUAUAUGUACUGAUGCUGGUUUUAAAGUAACUUCUCAGCUUAGAGAUAGUGAUCCAAAGAAUUCAACAAAGUGCUUUUUCUUUUCAAUUUUGUAUGCUAUUGGUAUUGUGAAUCAAUUUGGUCCUACAGAUCCUGCUGCAGCUGCUUGUAUACUUGGUGUGCCACUUUCAUCAAAAGGGUAA